AUGCCACCAAAAGUUAAAAUCCACGACGUCAACCCCUUCAUCCAGACCAUCAGAGACUUUCUGCUCGGAAGAAAACACACUUUGGCGUUAAGAUUCCAGGACACCAUUGCUACAAGAUCACCACCACCCCCUUUGAUUCCCGACGGCCCCGCGCAUCGUUUGAGUGCCAAUUAUUACGUUAAAAGAGACGCCAGAAGAGAAGUCGCCCCUCCAGAAGUUCUGGCCCCAAAACCCAAAGAGAUCGAUGCUGGAGAUGCCUCAUUGCCUGCGAAAUUGAUAACUCCAGGAAAAGUGUACAAAUGGGAUUAA